UUCAUUUCAUUCGCUCGCUCGCCAGUCGCGAUUGAUAAGUGUCAGAUGGUGGUUGUAUGUCGUUCCGUUUGAAAUCCCGCGUAACAAUUCCGAACGCGUUAAUUGGAUCUAACGUGAUUAAAAAAACUACCAUUGUUUUGUGUUAUAGAUAAGUGGAUUGUGUUUACUCUUGUAUACAGUGUUUGUGAUACGAGUUAUUAUAAUUUCUGUGUGCCCCACUUGGAUUUUUUCUACGCUAACGUUUUUGUGAUGGCGUAAAGUAAUGGAGGGCGAGUGCUCGGAGGAGGGCUGGCUGCUGGUGCGGGUGCACGUGCCCGAGCUGAACGUGCAGAAGAGCCUGCAGUUCUCGCGCGACCAGCUCGUGUGGGACGUCAAGCAGCAGUGCCUCGCCGCCUUGCCUAAGGUGGCCACUUGGUACCGGGAAUUAAAAGAGAGCUUCAACUAUGGCCUAUUCUGUCCACCGGUCAACGGCAAAGCCGGGAAAUUUCUGGACGAAGAGCGGAGGCUCGGUGACUACCCCUUCAACGGACCUGUUGGUUAUCUGGAGCUAAAAUACAAGCGUCGAGUAUACAAGAUGCUGAAGCUGGACGAGAAGACGCUGAAAGCGCUGCACUCCCGCGCGAACCUUCGGCGGUUUCUGGAACACGUGCAACACGGACAAAUCGACAAAAUUACCAAAGCGUGCGCCAAGGGACUCGACCCCAAUUUCCAUUGCCAAGAAACUGGAGAAACACCUCUAUCAAUAGCGGCCGGCCUAAAAACUCCCGCCAAAAUUCUAAUAGCGCUGGUCAAUGGCGGCGCUCUCCUGGACUAUCGGACUAAAGAUGGCAGCACCGCCAUGCACCGAGCCGUCGAAAAGAACUCUCUAGAAGCUGUCAAAACGCUCCUAGAACUUGGCGCGUCACCGAAUUACAAAGAUGGCAAGGGACUCACGCCCUUAUAUCUGUCCGUGACGAACAAAACCGAUCCAUUAUUGUGUGAAACGUUACUACAUGAUCAUGCUACGAUUGGAGCUACUGAUUUACAAGGGUGGCAGGAAGUUCAUCAGGCAUGUCGAAACGGUCUGGUCCAGCACUUAGACCACUUGCUGUUCUACGGCGCAGACAUGAACAGUCGGAACGCGUCUGGUAAUACGCCGCUGCACGUGUGCGCGGUGAACGCGCAGGACUCGUGCGCGCGGCAACUGUUGUUCAGGGGCUGCGAUAAGGAAUCCUUGAACUUCGCUAAUCAGACCCCUUAUCAGGUUGCUGUAAUAGCAGGAAAUUUAGAAUUAGCUGAAGUUAUAAAGAAUUACAAAACCGAAGAAGUUGUGCCGUUCCGCGGGCCGCCGCGCUACAACCCGCGGCGCCGCUCGGCGUGGGGCUGGUGGGCCGGCGACCGCUCGUCGCUGGCGAGCAGCGCGCGCCUGCCGCCCGAGCUGGACGCGCUGCUGCGCGCGCCCGCCGCGCCCUCGCCCUGCAGCGACCGCCCCUUCUCCUCCGCCUCCUCCAGCCUCAGCGACGCCAGCCACCCCAGCCACGAGGACGACGCCAGCACCGUCACGGAUAAGAGCCUGGGCGACACGAGCGACAUCAUCUCGGACUCGAGCGGCGUGGGCACGAGCACGUCGGACACGACCACGUGCUCGCUGCAGCCCGCCACGCUCGUGUGCCUGCAGGCGUACGAGCCCGCCGCGCCCGGGCAUGUGCGACUCACGCAGGGGGAUAUCAUAGAAGUAACGGGUUCAACAGACGAGGGCUACCUAGAAGGCCGCGUGCGCGGGUCGGGCGCGAGCGGGCUGUUCCCCGCGCAUUGCGUGCAAGAAGUGAGACUACGACAUAAUGCGCAUUUGCAUCAGGUAGUUUCAUCAGGAACAGUCCAUCAUUCUCGAGUGAGUGGCCGCCGGGAAGUCGGGCUCAGUAAAACUUACAGCGCCACCGCUCCUAGGGUUAAGAAAACGUUGGGCAACACGGAGACGCGCACGGUGGUGCUGCACCGCGCGCGGCGCGGCUUCGGGUUCGUGCUGCGCGGCGCCAAGGCGCAGUCCCCGCUCAUGGAGCUGCGCCCGUCCGAGCGCUGCCCCGCGCUGCAGUACCUGGACGACGUGGACGCGGGCGGCGUGGCCGACCGCGCGGGGCUGCGCAAGGGGGACUUCCUGCUCGCAAUAAACGGCGAAGACGUGUCAGGCGCGUCCCACGAGCACGUGGUAGAACUCAUCCGCAGUUCAGGCGCUCUCGUGUCUAUGACGGUUGUCUCACUGCAUUCUCACGCGGGUGUUGGUGAGGUGAACAAUACAUGCACAGUGCCGACCAGCAAGUCGCAGGGUCAACUGUCCACCAGCGGCCGGCCUUACGCCGCAACACUACCACGAAAAGCUGCUGGUGGCCGCAGCCCCGCACCGGCGCCUCCACGGCGUGACCCGCGAACUACAUUGAGCGUGGGAAGAGCAAGAGCCAAAUCUAUGGUCGCUGGACUCGAAAACGGUGGCGAAAAAGAAGAAACGUGUGAACCACUUAGUGUCGCUGGAAAAUCAUCAUCUGCUGAAUCCGUGCAAUUACAUCCUGGUAGUAAUAACGGCACACCUUGUCUCGGUACCCCGGUAGCCCCUCGGACGGCAAGCAUCCGACAGCGCCCGGCCUCCUCACGCAUCACAGCCGCAGAGCUGGAAGAGCUGUUCCAGAGACAGGCGGAUGCUGAUGCUACCGGUGGCAGCGGUGGCAUGAUGACUCGCAGCGCAUUUCAAGAUGGCAGUGGGUCACCCGCAGCAUCACCCGCACGUCUCGCUUCACGAGUUUACGCGUCUGUUGCUGAUAUGAAGCGGGCGCGUGCUAAGCUAUGGAGCAAAUCGGCGAGCACGAGCACGUGCCCGGCCGCAGACGGCGCCCCGCUGCGGCGCGAGUUCCACUCCACGCCCGACCUCGCCGCCGCGCUCGCUGCUGCGCCCACGCGCACGCGCUCCAGUCUCGACCUGCACCAUGAGGGCGCAGUCCCCCCACCACCCACAGGCCCAGCACCGCAGCCACAACACAACGCGGUGACGUCCACGUUCCGUCCCGCCGCGCCCGCCAAGCUGUACGCCGCGCCGCAGGACCUCGCGCCCGUUGCCUACCGACACCCUGAGCAAAGUGUUCGCGGUCGCACGUGGUCGCGCACGAUGUCUGCGGACAGCUCGCACCAGUACGCGCAGCCUAUUGCCAUACACAAGACGUUUGCGAGACAGAAUUCGACACCAGCGCCUCCCAUCCCCGAGCCAGACUACAGCAUGUCGGAAUCUGAUGAAGAAGAACACAAACACAAGGUCGAACCCACUGCCGUCGCGGAAACUAGCGCCAAUAGCAAUACAAGCGGCAGCAGCUCGGGCUCGGGCACGAUGCAGCACUCGUUCUCGGUGGACGAGAUCCAGAAGAUCCGCACGCGGCUGAAGGCGUCCCGCUCGUGCGGCGACGAGCUGGGCGGCGAGCGGGACGACGGCGACAACUCGUCGUCCGGCGUGUCGUCCGACCAGGAGGCGCAGGCCCGCCCGCGCCGCGACAAGGUGUCCUUCUGCAGCUCCGUCACCGUCAAGUCGGGCAACGACGUCAUCAGCACGGAGCCCGUGCACUCGUCGUCCGAGAGCCUCGCGCCGCCGCCCAUGCAGCGCCACAACUCGCUGACGCGCAAGCGGGCCACUGCGGCCUUAGUGCGGGGGGUCGCCCGCGGCCGGUCGGCGGCCGAGCGGCUGGGCGUGGACGUGGCGCGCGCGCCCGGCCGGCGCUGCGCCGUGUCGCUGGCCGAGCUGCCGCCGCCGCCCGAGGAGCCGGCCGAGGCGCUGCCCGCGCUGCCCGCGCUGCCCGUGCUGGCGCCGCCGCCGCAGUUCAGCGACCGCGUGCGCGUCGUCGCCGCGCUGCCCAAGCUCUCGCACCCCAUGUAGGCGCCCGACCGCCUGCACCGCCCCGCGCCCCGCGCCCCGCGCCCCGCGCCCCGCGCCCCGCGACCCGCGACCCGCCGCACUAUCAUGUUCUAGAACGUUCUGGAAUGUGAAACUUCCCUGUGCGAUUUUAGACCGACCAUCUGGACCGCCCCGCCGCACUCUGUAAUGUUCUAGAAAGUUCUGGAACGUGAAGAUUCACUACGUGAUUCUGGGAUAUACUAUUUACGUAUUGACCUUGUCUUGUUUUAUAAUAUAACAAAAUGUGUAAAAGACUUUUAUUAUUCGAAUGAAAAGCGAUAAUCAUUCAAUGGUCACUGAAAUAUUUAAAUUAUCUAAGUUCAUAAUAUUAUGUAAAAAACACUAUACAGAAAGAUAUAAAUGAUAUACGUAAUACAUAGUAUAUUCUAGAAUUAUAAACUUAGCGGAAUAAAUAGCCCAAAAUAACAAUUUCGCCAUUCCUAUGUGUAAAAAAUGUGAGGGCAAAAGGCGAAUUUAUACAUCCAUUUGAUGUAAAAUAUUUCGACGUACUCAAAUGUGAGGAAAUAAAUCAACAAAACUAUUGUAACACACGAGUGUGAAUCGCGUUAGACAUUUAAUAAUUUGAUGAACGUAGAUUUUGUAUAGGAAAUUUAGAACAGUUCAAUUAUUAAAUGUCUUCGACCAGUGUUGAGGAAACUUAAAUCUUCAAAGGUAUACACAGUUUUUCAAACUAAAGAAACAGCUACUAAGGAUUGUUCUUCAAUCUACGUUUUUUAAAUUAAACUUUCCCAACACUGGGACAGACGUCUCCACACCCGAAUCUUCUGGUGCCAAAUUUUAAGCGCUCCAUUACAGGACGCUAUCGAUUUUUCACAAUUUUUCAUAAUAUGCACUGAUUUAAUGAAUACGUGAGCUACGUUUGCUAGGUGUCGUUCUUAUGAACUAGUUUAGUGUUCGCGGGACCUAGGCCCUAGCUCGUCCCGCGAACGAGAAGCGAUACUUUUUUGUAAUCAAAUGACUAAAUGAAACCAAAGAUUUAUAGUAUUUAUUGUUGAGGAGUUAACAUUGAUAUAGUCGAAACUAAUUUUUAUACAUUCCCUCGUAACUAGUGUAACGCCGCGCCGAUUCGGUUGAACCCGUUAUUUAUUCGUAGCGAGCGACGGCCGUUCCCUUAUUUAUGUUCGUUAUAAAUAUCAUAAAUGUAUAUUUAAUUUCUUCUACAACCGUGUGCCAUCGCGUCUUUGAUGUUUUAAAUAUUUUUAUAUAUAUUUGUAAAUAUUUAACGAGAGCUACGAUAUCAGUCGAGAGCGGACGAGCGUCAGACAAAAAGUAUCCGGCCAUCAAAAUAUAUUGAAAUUGAGAAAUAUAAGCACGAUGAUAUAUUAGAGAGUCCUAUUGCGUGAGACGCGGCGCGUUUGUAUUCCGAUGCUUUAUCCGUUCCAUUGUAUUAUACAUGUUUAUAUUUACCGCGUAUUGCUUUCGCCCGCCACAGAGCCGCUCGUGCGUGUAGAUGUAGCCCAACGAAAUAUUUAGACCGUCGAUAUUAGUUUUUAUAUGAGUAUUAAAACGAGUUAGACUGCAUUUUUAGAUCGUCUACGUUAACGUGUUGAGUCAAUUUUCGCAACGAAAAUUUACAAAACUGUUACUCAUUUCUUAGGUGCAAUUUCAUUCUCGAGAAGCGUAUACCAAAUUCGUUAUUUAGCAAAUUGAUUUGGUGAAGCCGAUCUCGCUCCCUAUCGAUACGACUAUUUUAUAUUUUUUAGCGUUUCAAUAUAAUUUUCAGUUUUCAAUGUUUGCAAUGUUAAGUAUUUGAUUUUGUUCGUUAAAAUGUGGGGAAUUGCGGUAUACUUGAUGCAUAGAGUUGGGUACAGAUGAAUAUGGUUUUUUUAUAAAACUAUUGACUUUUGUAACACAAAUGGGAAUUGAUGCCGCGAAAUGAUUUUCCUUAGAUCAUUUGGAACUUACUUUAUCUGUACUCAACUUUACUCAGCUGAAGCACGAGUCGUUUGAAACGUAGCGGGUCGUAGAACCCUAUUGUAUUAGCACAAUUAUGUUUUAUUAUUGGUGUAUUAUUGAGUUAUUCUUCUUGUCAUUAAUUUAAGUUGUAUAAAUAUAUUGUCUACUUAAGGCAUAGAUAGGUAGUGGUAAUUAUAUUAGGGCAAUAUUUGAUGAUUAUAGAGUAAACGGAGUGACGAACGGCAGACCUGCUAUUCGAUGUUACGUUACGUUUAUAAUCAGUUUUAAAUUUCUUAAAAAAUCUAUAAAACACGAUUUUAUAAAUACAAUUGUAUAAGGAAUAAUUUCGAAAAAAAUGUUUAUUUUAAUCAAUUAUUAUUGUUUGUAUUCGAUUUUAAAUGUGAUUGUUAUGUUAUCAUUCCAUUAUUAUUAAGUUUUGCCGAAUGGCGGGCCAGCCGUUGUUUUGUAUAAUAUUUACCAAUUGUUAUUAUUUCAUUUGAAUCUCAGUAACGGACGUGUAACUACAACUUGGUAUACUUUCAAAUGAAAAUAAAUGUUUCAUCACUA